CUUGCCCUUGGGCACAAAGCAAGGAUGCGUGAGAUCGUACACAUUCAGAUUGGCCAGUGUGGCAACCAGAUCGGAGCCAAGUUCUGGGAGGUGAUUGGCGAGGAGCAUGGGAUCGACUGGGCCGGAAGCUACCGCGGGGACAGCGCCCUGCAGCUGGAGAGGGUCAGCGUGUACUACAACGAGGCCCAUGGUAAGAAAUACGUGCCCCGAGCAGUCUUGGUGGACCUGGAACCUGGGACCAUGGACAGCAUCCGAUCCAGCCGACUGGGGGCCCUCUUCCAACCGGACAGCUUUGUCCACGGUAACUCUGGGGCCGGCAACAACUGGGCCAAGGGCCACUACACGGAGGGGGCCGAGCUGGUGGAGAGCGCGCUGGACGCGGUGCGCGCCGAGGCCGAGGGCUGCGACUGCCUGCAGGGCUUCCAGCUCGUGCACUCGCUGGGCGGGGGCACGGGCUCGGGGAUGGGCACGCUGCUCCUGGGCAAGAUCCGCGAGGAGUACCCCGACCGCAUCCUCAACUCCUUCAGCGUGAUGCCCUCGCCCAAGGUGUCGGACACGGUGGUGGAGCCCUACAACGCCGUGCUGUCCCUCCACCAGCUCCUGCAGAACUCGGACGCCUGCUUUUGCAUCGACAACGAGGCCCUCUAUGACAUCUGCUUCCGCACCCUCCGGCUGGCCACGCCCACCUACGGUGACCUCAACCACCUGGUGUCCCUGACCAUGAGCGGCGUCACCACGUCGCUGCGCUUCCCGGGCCAGCUCAACGCCGACCUGCGCAAGCUGGCCGUGAACAUGGUGCCCUUCCCGCGCCUGCACUUCUUCAUGCCCGGCUUCGCGCCGCUCACGGCCCAGGGCAGCCAGCAGUACCGCGCGCUUUCAGUGGCCGAGCUCACCCAGCAGAUGUUCGACGCCCGCAACACCAUGGCCGCCUGCGACCCCCGCCGCGGCCGCUACCUGACCGUGGCCUGCAUCUUCCGGGGGAGGAUGUCCACCAAGGAGGUGGACGCGCAGCUGCUCGCCGUGCAGACCAGAAGCAGCAGCUGCUUCGUGGAGUGGAUCCCCAACAACGUCAAGGUGGCCGUGUGCGACAUCCCGCCGCGCGGGCUGAGCAUGGCGGCCACCUUCAUCGGCAACAGCACGGCCAUCCAGGAGCUCUUCGGCAGGAUCUCCGAGCACUUCUCGGCCAUGUUCAAGAGGAAGGCCUUCGUGCACUGGUACACGGGCGAGGGGAUGGACAUCAAUGAAUUUGCCGAAGCCGAGAGUAACAUCCAGGAUUUGGUGUCCGAGUACCAACAGCUUCAAGAUGCCGAAGCAGUUCCGGAGGGGAAGGAGGAGGUCGGGGGGGAGGCAGAAACGGAACCAGGAGAUAAGGGGCAUUAA